GAAACACUCAAAUCUGCACAGAGAGGAGAGACAGAAGCAGCACACACAGACAAAAGCAUUCUUGGCUUUCAGUUUAAGAGAAGAAGAAGAAAAAAAGUGAACAAUACGCUGGGCGAGUUCAUUUAGUUGAGAUACAAAUUCAAGAAGAAAGGCGUGACAGGACGGCGUCAGUCAGCGGACAGACAGACACAGAGGAGCGCUGCAUGAAGGAUAAAUCCAUCCGGGAGAAGAAGCGAGCACACACAGGAUGAGAGCCACCAUGAGGAUCACGUGGCUGCUGCUUUCUCUCUGCUUCCUUUUCUACGGGGCCCGUUCGGCAGAUGACAGUACUGCUUCUACUACUACUACUUCUGUGCCAAAGACUAGUGCUUCAGUCAGUGGGACAGUUGACAUUGUUGCUGGCACAGCUGGGAGUACGACAACUACGAAGGAUGUGUCAACUGUUGACAAAACUAUUACUACAACAAAGGAAUCUACAACAAAACCAGCAACCCCAAAGCCUACAACUCCCAACCCUCCUACCACCCAAACUGCUACAAAACUACAAACUACAUCCAUGUCUACAAUCGAGCGAAACACCCCACAAGCCACCACUGUGACAAGCAAACCAUCAGUGCCUACCACUAGUGUCCCUGGUACCACUUCUACUUCUAAGAAUGAUGUCAGUAUUACUGGUGCUUCCACCAGCCAACCAGUGCUCACGACCACAGCUGCACCUACACCUACUCCUGACAACAGCGGCAUUUCAGGGGUAGACUCCAGUGCUACCACAUUACUGACAACAGCAGUAGGCAGUAAAACCUCUGGGACUCCUGGGAGUGUGGGUACAACCAAGAUCACAAGCGUCUCCAUAGGUGCGACUACACCUGGGCAUCAGCCCGAUACUCACUCCACCUUCACCACCAAGACAAGCCAGGACAGCAGCACAGGAGGAACUACAAGCCAACAUCAGACAGCAUCAAAGGAGCCCACUCAGAGCCCAGUGACAACCAGCAAACCCUCCAUUCCGACCACGACAGCACCUCCUUCUGCAGCAGGGACCUCUGGUAGCAAAGCUGUAUCCACGUCCCCGCAACCCACCACUACCACCACUACCACCACUACCACCGCUCCCACCACAGCAGCUCAACCAAAGAUGUUUUCAUAUUCUCUUAACACCGGACACGAGAAAGAGGAGGAGAAAGAUCUGGUGGAGGUGUGCAAGCGGCUGAUGGUGACUCUGAAAGAUGGAAACUGCACCCUGAUAUGGAAACACCACAAAGGCAAAAUACAGUUUGACAGUGUGGAGAUAAAUGGGAAAGUGAAAGACAGCCUUGCAACCCAGUAUUAUGAAGAAAUCACCAAGAAACCAACAGAUAACAAAACGCUGAUAGCCAUCCUGGCCUCCUGUGGAGCUCUGCUGAUCAUGAUCGUCAUCCUCGCUGUGUGUGCCUCCCACCACCGCAAGCCUUACCACGAGAACCAGCAACACCUGACGGAGGAGCUGCACACGGUGGAGAACGGUUACCACGACAACCCGACGCUGGAGGUGAUGGAGGUGCAGCCGGAGAUGCAGGAGAAGAAGAUGGCACUGAACGGAGAGUUCAACGACAGCUGGAUCGUCCCCAUCGACAACCUGCUGAAGGAGGACAUAGCUGACGAGGAGGACACUCACCUGUAGAGACGACCGGGGACACAGAAGAAGAAGAAAGAGAAGAAGAAGAAGGAGAAGAAGAAGUAGACAGCGACAGGACCUGGCUAGUUUCAGCCACACCAAAACUAAAGUAUCCACACUUGUUACUCCAUGCUAGCCCUGACUUUACACUCCUGAAGACUUUUCUCACAAACACAAUACAUCCUGUAGAACAACCCAAACUCCUUAUUAUUAAUGCUGUCUGUCUUUUUCAUAUAUUUCUACUGGAGUUUGGUAUGGAAAAGAAAGAAAGGAUAAAAAAAAUCUAAUCAGUACCAACAAAAAUGUACAGUGGCCUUAAAAGUCUGUUUAAAAACCAGUCACUGUUGUGCCUACAGUAUUUUUUUAAUAUAAAUAAGUGACUUCCUACAGAGCACAAUUCAAAAUGAGUCAUCCUGAAAACUCAGAAAGAAUCUGCUCCAAACCCGAGGAGUGUGCCUUGUCACCAAAAAGAGUUGAUUUGUACACAAGCACCUGUAAAUAGAGUUUUUUGUUAUUUUCUGUAAGCAAGGAAGAGUCCCGUGAUUUUGCAAACUCAUCAGUUUGCUCUGGAGAUAACAGCUGCCUCUGCAGUCGUAGAGUUACUAACAUAGAUAGAGAUGACCUCAGGAUACUUCAAAGCAUCCUGGUGAUUUUUCCACAAGUGCGUGUUGGCUGUGUAAGGGCAGCACUGCUGCACUAUUCAGAAAGAAAGAACAUUCACAAAGACACUGCUUCAGGCACAUGAGUAUAUAGAAAUAUGACAAAUUAAGGGUUUUAAUCCAAAAUGCCACAUAUAGAGACAGAGCACAUUUAAAACCCUGCAUCUCCUGCCUUUGGACUUUGUAUUAAACGAAGGAUCCUCCUUGACAAUUUUGUCCCUAGCAAAAAAAAAAAAAAAAGGUCAAAAGCUUCUGUGUGGUGAAUCGCUCUACCAACAACUUAAAUAAUCCAGAAUUGUUUUUAUAAAGCGCUGUACCGAAAAAAAACCAACAACUUUAAAGAGGACAAAGUCGAUACAGAUGAAUGCAGACAUGAGACAAGCAGUUACAAUGUGAGAACUGUGCAAUCCUGAAACACAGUAUAUUUAACAUUAACUUUUAGACAUCCAUGGGUUGAAACACUAACAAAAUGUCAGCUUUUUUAAACAUAUCCUAUGAUUAUUUUAGCAUUUUGUGCCUACCAGAAAGGACAUGUUGGCUGUUAGCAAGCUAAUGUUAGCUAUAUGCUAGCAGACUAAUAUUAGCUAAUAUCCACUUUUGUCUUCUUAAAAGUUCAGUUUUUAAGUUCAUCAGAUUUUAUAAACUUAGUUCGGGGUUCACUAACUUGUUGGAAGUACAUUUUACCACAGAACAGCUUUUGACCAAGUUUUUGUUUUGCUAGCUGAGGAAAUUGUCAAGGAGGCUCCUUCAUUCAAUAUAAAGUCAAUGGAGAGACGGUUUGUCCCCUCUGGUUGAUGUGGUCUUUAGAGUAUGAUGCCGGGCGCUCUGUCUCUAUCGACUCGAGGGGACAUAUCCGUGAGCCUCACGUAAAGAUGUUUUCAUGACAUUACAAUCAAGAUAAAAGGUGAAAUUACUUAAGAAGUAAACUCAACACAAUGUUGGGAAAUUAAGGGAAAUGUUAAGUACUCUGUAUGUACCAUGGCGGUCUCUCUUCAACUAAACAGUCCAGCUCUAAAGCAAAGGAAAAUUAUUUAAAUUAAAUGGCCCCGUUUUUAAACUGUGACGAAGGUCUUAUCUUCCAAAUAAGUUUCCUGCCCUGUUGAAUUGUUCAAUGCAAUUGUUGUUGAUGGGAGUGAAGGCAAACCAACUAAAAUAACACAGAGGCUUUAAUAAUGUGGAAUUAUCCUUAAACAACAUUGAAAUGAUUGUUUUUAGCAGAAAAUAUCACAAAAAUGCCACCUCCAUAAUCAAUCAGAUAUUCAUAAGAAGAUGCCGAUUUUGCUUUUAAAAACCACUUCUGAAGCAAAAAUUGUAAAUACUUGUUUUGUUUCACUGUUGCUGCAGGUGGAGGGGUGAUGUAAUGCGACUUGAUGUUAAAACAUUCCCAGCAGUACAUAGGCACAUAUCAGUGGAUUCUGUUCAGUGUAAUAAUUUACUUCAUUUUAAACCCAUUAAGAAGUUAAUAUAUAUGUACUUAUAUAUGUGAAUCCAUCACUUUGGGCACUCCAAUCCACUUUUUGUUUUAUUGUUUGUGUGUCUACAGUUUCACUUUUAUUAUUAUUAUGAUGAUUAUAGCUGUGAUAUUGUCACCAAAGUACGUUACCAGUAUUUUAUGUAUUUAUGGUUUGUUUGCUGCUGAAGGCAAACAACAGGGGUCUGACACACUGGAAGCUGUAAAUUGUCCAUGGCCUUGGCGGUCAUCUUGUUCAGAUUUGCAAAUAAAGGCAGUCUUUUUCCACUC